UUAGAGUUGCGUCUUUGGUCACUGCUUUGCUUCUUCCCGGUCUGCCCGAGUCGUUACGAAGCUCUGAGAUGCCAAAGAAAGGGAAAAAGGGCGUAGAGCAGAGGGUCAAGGGUAAUGUCAAGGCUGCCAGUAGCGGGCGAAUGGCAGAUCUCCUGGGAGGAGAGAUGACCGCCGGGGUCAUAGGGUUCGAGGCGGUGUCUCGGGGGCUGGAGAGAGAGGGAGGUGUGGUGGCGGAGGUAUCCCAUGGUGCUGGUGCGAGGUUCCAAGUCGUGAUGAAACAGCUCGGGAAGAGAGACACCACCACCAAAAUAAAGGCUCUAAAUGAGUUCUCCAGUCUGUGUGACGAGGAGCCGGCUGAGGCUGUCGUGGCAGUGCUCAAUAUCUGGAAUCUCAUGUACAACAAACUCAGCACUGACAACGACAAUCGUGUGCGAGAGGUCAGUCACAGGGCAAUGCAGUCGUGUGUGGGGAAAGUAAAGAGUGCGAUGGGUCCUCACCUCCGCUCCAUCCUGGGUCCCUGGCUGGCUGGGAUGUGUGAUCCAGUGGUGGCAGCAGACGAGAGGCUGCAGCGCUACGAGAGAGUUGUGACCAUGUGUCUCAACGGACUCAGUCUCGCUCUGAGUCGACUCCAGACUCAGUUCCUGGCAGAGAGGAGAGGAGACUGGGAGAACCUCCUGGCCGAGAAGAGAGCUCUGGAAACUCGCCCGCCACAAUAA